CGAAGGAAGACGACUUUUGGAUUCGCAGUGACCGAUGCCGAAGGCUGGUCGCUUCGCAAUCGCGAGCAUAAACAACAUUACCGAUUUGAAGAACAAGCAACCGCUAUCGACGCCAGAUCUGGCGGCAAACCUCUCUCAAUUUGGCAUCUGGACCUCUCGUUUUGCUUCAAUUCGUUUUGAGUCUCGCUGCUAGAUCGAUUCCCCUUAGGCGUCCGGAUUCGGAAUCCAGUCUUGGUUAGCGUACUGUAGCUCGUUUUUACUUCUUCUUUCGAUCCGAAAUGCUGCGGCUGAGAUCGUUUCGGCCGAGCGGCGACAAGAUAGUGAAGAUUCAGUUGCAUCCGACGCAUCCAUGGCUCGUCACUGCGGAUGCGUCGGACUUCGUCUCCGUUUGGAAUUGGGAGCAUCGUCAGGUGAUUUAUGAGCUGAAAGCGGGCGGUGUCGAUGAGAGGCGUUUGGUUGGUGCUAAAUUGGAGAAGCUUGCCGAAGGAGAAUCAGAGUCCAAGGGUAAACCAACUGAGGCCAUUCGGGGAGGAAGUGUUAAGCAGGUGAACUUUUAUGAUGAUGAUGUACGCUAUUGGCAGCUAUGGCGUAACCGAUCUGCAGCAGCAGAAGCUCCAUCAGCUGUCAGCAAUGUCACUUCAGCAUUUACUUCUCCAGCGCCAUCAACGAAAGGGCGUCAUUUUCUUGUCAUUUGUUGUGAAAACAAAGCUAUUUUUCUGGACUUGGUGACAAUGCGAGGCCGAGAUGUACCCAAGCAAGAACUUGACAACAGAUCGCUACUCUGUAUGGAGUUUCUGGCCCGAUCUGCAGCUGGAGAUGGUCCACUUGUUGCUUUUGGUGGAUCAGAUGGUGUCAUUAGAGUACUUUCAAUGAUAACAUGGAAGCUUGUAAGGAGAUACACUGGCGGUCAUAAAGGAUCGAUUUCUUGUCUAAUGACCUUCAUGGCUUCUUCUGGUGAGGCACUUCUGGUGUCUGGUGCUAGUGAUGGUUUGCUUGUCCUAUGGAGUGCAGACCAUGGUCAAGAUUCUCGAGAACUAGUACCCAAACUGAGCUUAAAAGCACAUGAUGGCGGGGUUGUGGCUGUUGAACUUUCUAGAGUGAGUGGAGGUACUCCGCAGCUUAUAACAAUUGGUGCAGACAAAACGCUAGCUAUAUGGGAUACAAUGUCAUUCAAGGAGUUGCGAAGAAUUAAACCCGUGUCUAAACUUGCUUGCCACAGUGUUGCAUCUUGGUGCCAUCCUCGGGCUCCAAACCUUGAUAUAUUAACUUGUGUAAAAGACUCCCACAUAUGGGCCAUUGAGCACCCCACGUAUUCAGCUCUUACGAGGCCGUUGUGUGAGCUUUCCUCACUUGUUCCACCACAAAUACUUGCGCCAAACAAGAAACUUAGAGUAUAUUGCAUGGUUGCACAUCCAUUACAGCCCCACCUUGUUGCUACUGGAACCAAUGUUGGUGUGAUUAUGUGUGAGUUUGAUGCCAGGUCCCUUCCACCUGUAGCCCCACUACCAACGCCUUCGGAGAGCAGGGAGCAUUCAGCAGUCUACGUGGUUGAGAGGGAACUGAAGCUUCUAAACUUCCAGUUGUCACCCACUGGAAAUCCAUCGCUUGGGAACAAUGCCUCUUUAUCUGAAGCAGGAAGGUUGAAGGGAGAAUCAUCAGAGUUGUUACAUGUCAAGCAGAUUAAGAAGCACAUUAGUACUCCAGUUCAAAAUGAUUCAUAUUCAAUUCUUUCCGUCAGCAAUUCUGGGAAGUAUCUUGCAAUUGUGUGGCCAGAUAUUCCGUAUUUUUCUAUUUAUAAAGUUGGUGACUGGUCUAUCGUUGAUUCCGGUACUGCAAGACUUCUGGCAUGGGAUGCUUGUCGUGAUAGAUUUGCCAUAUUAGAAUCUGCACCUGCCCUGAGAAUUCCCAUAGUUCCUAAAGGUGGUUCCUCAAGGAAAGCAAAAGAGGCAGCUGCAGCAGCAGCACAAGCUGCAGCAGCCGCUGCAUCUGCUGCUUCUGCGGCCAGUGUUCAAGUUCGUAUCCUGCUGGAUGAUGGAACAUCAAAUAUAUUGAUGAAAUCCGUAGGCAGUCGCAGCGAACCGGUUAUUGGCUUGCAUGGUGGAGCACUUCUUGGUGUAGCUUAUCGGAUGUCGCGAAGGAUCAGCCCUGUUGCUGCAACUGCUAUAUCAACAAUUCAGUCCAUGCCCUUAUCAGGAUAUGGCAAUAGUGGCCUUUCUUCCUUUGCUGCUUUGGACGAUAAUUUAUCACAUAAAUCUUCUACUGAGGCAGCACCGCCAAAUUUUCAGCUCUAUAGCUGGGAGACUUUUGAACCUGUUGGCGGUCUCCUUCCUCAGCCAGAAUGGACUGCAUGGGACCAAACUGUUGAGUACUGUGCGUUUGCAUAUCAUCAUUAUAUAGUCAUAUCUUCUUUGCGACCGCAGUAUAGAUAUUUGGGAGAUGUUGCAAUCCCUUAUGCUACUGGUGCUGUUUGGCAUCGAAGACAGCUGUUUGUGGUUACACCUACCACCAUCGAAUGUGUCUUUGUCGAUGCUGGAGUGGCACCAAUAGAUAUAGAAACAAGAAAGAUGAAAGAAGAAAUGAAAUUAAGAGAAGCACAAGCACAGGCAGUUGCAGAGCAUGGAGAGUUAGCUCUUAUUGCCGUAGAAGGUACCCAGGCAGCUACGCAAGAAAGAAUCAAACUAAGGCCCCCAAUGCUGCAGGUUGUUCGUCUAGCAUCUUUCCAGCACGCUCCUUCUAUUCCUCCAUUUGUGAGUUUGCCGAGGCAAUCCAAAGUUGAUGGUGAUGACAUAGCAGUGCUGAAGGAGUUUGAAGAAAGAAAAGUUAAUGAGGUUGCUGUUGGGGGUGGUGGGGUCUCAGUAGCAGUUACUCGUUUUCCAGUGGAGCAAAAACGACCUGUUGGACCUUUGUUAGUGGUUGGCGUUAGGGAUGGUGUUCUUUGGCUAAUUGAUAGGUACAUGUGUGCACAUGCCUUAUCUCUGAGUCACCCGGGUAUUCGUUGCCGGUGUCUUGCUGCUUAUGGAGAUGCAGUUAGUGCGGUAAAAUGGGCAAGUAGGCUUGCUAGAGAACAUCAUGAUGAUUUGGCCCAGUUUAUGCUUGGAAUGGGCUAUGCUACUGAAGCUCUUCAUUUGCCUGGAAUAUCUAAGAGGUUGGAGUUUGAUUUGGCUAUGCAAAGCAGUGAUUUGAAAAGAGCUCUCCAGUGCCUUCUUACAAUGAGCAACAGUAGGGAGCUGGGCCAAGAUAGUGUGGGGUUUGAUUUGAAAGAUAUCCUCACGGUGACAACUAAGAAAGAAAAUCUUGUAGAGGCUGUGCAAGGAGUGGUUAAAUUUGCUAAGGAAUUUUUGGAUCUUAUUGAUGCUGCGGAUGCUACUGGGCAAGCUGACAUUGCUCGGGAAGCUCUUAAAAGGUUAGCUGCUGCCGGUUCAGUAAAGGGAGCUUUACAGGGUCAUGAGCUGAGGGGACUGGCUUUGCGACUUGCUAAUCAUGGAGAACUGACGCGGCUUAGUGGUCUGGUUAACAAUUUGAUCUCGGUUGGCUCGGGACGUGAAGCAGCUUUUUCAGCAGCUGUUUUGGGCGACAAUGCUCUCAUGGAGAGGGCAUGGCAGGAAACUGGGAUGCUUGCUGAGGCUGUGCUUCAUGCUCAUGCUCAUGGAAGACCCACUCUAAAGAACUUUGUCGAGGCGUGGAAUAAAAUGUUACAGAAGGAAGUUGAGCAUGCACCAUCCACUAAAACAGAUGCUGCAGCUGCCUUUCUUGCUUCUUUGGAGGAACCGAAGCUUACCAGUUUGGCAGAAGCUGGCAAGAAACCCCCAAUUGAAAUUUUACCCCCAGGAAUGCCUUCUCUUUCGGCUACAAUGGCAAUGAAGAAGAAACCCCCUCCUGCUGCGCAAAAUCCGCAGCCGGAUCCUGCAGCGCAAAAUCCGCAGCCUGCACAAAAUCCGCAGCCAGAUCCUGCGGCGCCAAAUCCACAGCCGGAUCCUGCCAAGCCAAUGCUAUUAGAAGCACCUCCUACAGUGACACCCCCAAGACCAGAAAGCGCUCCACCACAAGUAGAAGCUAGUGAACCUGCCAUGGAUACUGGAGCUCCUCCUCUAUCUUCGUCGGCCAGCGACCCGGGCCCAAUUGCUCGGAGAGAAGGCGAGCACGUCUCAACAACUUCUGAUGCUGAUGCAACAGAACAAAAGAUGGCCGAGGCAUCGGAUCCUGUGUCAGAUGCUCAGAAGGCGGAGGAACAAGAACAGCAAGAACAGCCGGCAGUGUUGGAGGAAAAGAAGGAAGUGACCCCCAAGGCACCAGAUACUCAGAAAUCAGUUGCGUCUGGGGUUUCGACGUCUACACCGUUACCAGACUUUUUUAUUUAAGCAGCAAUCAGCGAUAGAUUCCUAAAGAUAGCAGUAUAGAUCUUUUUCCUGGAGAGCUCGCCAUUGCUCGUGAGGAAACAUCCGCUAGUGUGUCCAUUGCCCUCUGAAACAGGAAGCUGAACUUCUGAUCAGUGUUACUAUGUUGAGAGGCUCAAAUUACUGGAUGCGUGCAGAUUUAGAUGGUUUACUGAGUUGAUCUUCGCUUAGAUUGUGCGGGUUUUUUUUUCCCCUGUCUGAGGGAACACGGAUUCACCCUACACGAGAGCACGCCGCAUAUUGCCGCCGGCUCUUGUAAAUCCACCGGAGGACUGCCCAUUUUGUAUGAUAUGCAAUUUUUUUUCUUGUAUGAUACGUAUUCACUGGACGGUCCUCCUGCGAAUUUGCAUUGGUUUUUUGAUAAGAUUGCUGUUCUUGUGAUAAUUUGUGUUCUUUUUUUUUUGCUCCUCUCUGGUGAGUCUCUUCAAUCUC